AUGCACCUGAUGGGAGGUGAAGGGGCCAAAACGGGGAGACACGGCGGGGAAAGCGACGAAGCGGAGGGGAAAGGAAGCAAGGGGGACGUUGGAGAUGAACGAGCGGGGGAUAUCGUGGGGAUCGCAGGGGGCGGUAGCGCGGAGGGAAAUGAAAGGGCUGUAAGAGACGAGAAGCAAGGAGAGGCAAGGGAGGAGAGAAAAGAGGCGCGUGAGGAGGAAUCGGUGGAGCAAAGAGGUGAACAGGAUGAUCCGGUUGCUUUGAGCAAUGAGGGCGUAUUGGACAGCAGAGAACACGUGUUGAAUAGUGAAGGAGGGUCGUUAGGCAAUAGGGAGGGCUCUUUACAUAGCAGAGAAGGUUCCUUAAAUAGUAAAGAAGGGUCGGUGCAUAGUAGAGACAGCUCGAUUGAUAGUUUGCACGGGGAAGAUGAUGUGAGGGGGCGUGCACAAGGGAAGGGGCCUGCAGGCGUGAAGGGGAAGGGGAAUGUAGGUGGGAUAGCGAAGGGGCAGAGGGGUAGGGGAGACGCAGCAGCAGCAAGAGGGGGAGGGGGAGGCAGUACGGUUGACGAUAGUGAUGGUGAUAGUGUGGAGAGCGGGUUUCGUGGUGGGGUGAUCAGCAGUAGGGGCAGGGGCGCGAAGGUGAAGGGGAAUGCAGACGAAACAGCGAAGGGGCAGAGGGGUAGGAGAGGUGCAGCAGCAGCAGCAGCAAAAGGAAGAGGGGGAGGCAGUACGGUUGAUGAUAGCGAUAGUGACAGUGUGGAGAGCGGGUUUUGCGGUGGCGGAGUGAUCAGUAGCAGGGGCAGAGGCGCCCGCAGGUACAGCUCUGGUGCCGUUGCUUCUGGUGGUGGCGGUGGUGGUGGGGGUGAUGAUAGCGAUAGUGACAGUGACGAGAGCACAGCAGGAAGCAAGCCGGUUGAGGGGGGAGGAGGAGAGGGAGUGGGAGAAGAGGAGGAAGAAGGAGGAGGGAGAGGGGACGAUUCAGAGGGGGCAGGUCGGGGAGGAGGGAUGGGUGGUGGGCGAGAGGGGCGAGGGUGGGGAGGUAACCCCUUGUGGCGUGAGGCGUAUGAGGGGGAAAGUUCUGGUGGCGGUGCUGCUGCUGGUGCUGCUGCUGGUGGUGCUGGUGGUGCUGGUGGUGGUCGUGGUGGUGCGUCCACUGCUGCUGGUGGUGGUUGGGAAAGGGGAAGGGGGAGUGGGAGGCAGAACGGUGGAUGGGAGAGAGGGCGUGAGUGGGGUAGCAAGGGGGGAGGGAGGGAUGACACGAGUAGUGCCGCUGUUGGUGGUGCUGCUGGUGGUGGGGGACAAGGGAGCAUGAAGAUGGGAAUGGGGAUGGGGAUGGAGGGAGGAAAGGCAAGAAGGAGGAUAGACGGUCAACACCAGUUUAUGAAGGGCAUCGUGCAAGUGCAGAAGGAUAGGGAGGUAUAUGAGCGACUGUAUCAAGCUGCUGCUGCCACCGGCAUCACACCCGUUGCUGCCGCUGCCACUGCUGCCAAGCAGAUGAGGGAGGGGGGAGCUGUGGCGGGCAAGGGAGAUAGGGAGGGAGAAAGAGCGGGUUUGGAAAGGGGAGAUAGGGCAGGAGAAGGAGCAGAUAGAGGGAGGGAAGGGGUGACAGGAGGAGUGAAGAAGGAGCAGCAGCAGGUGGGUCCGGUGGACGGGGAAAGAGAGGGGAUGAAAUCAGGGAAGGAUGGGGAGCGAAGGGCAGGGAGGCACCAGCACCAGCACCACCAGCAGAAGAGGGGGGAGCAGAGAGGGGAGCAGAGAGGGGAGCGUGGUGAUACGCAUAGGAAAGGCAAGGAGAGGGAAGGGGUUCUUGUGGAAGACUUAGAGGAAGGGACAGGAGAGACAGGCGGAGGGGAUGUGAGGGGGAGGGGAGGAGGGAGGGGUAGCUGGGAGGAGAAGAGAGAAGUGGAUUGGAGGUGGGGGAAAAGUACUGGGCAAGGAGGAGAGGGAGGGGGUAGCAGCAGGCAGGAAAGGCUCGAAUUGAGCAACAGUAGGGCGGAGAGGAGUGGGGGGAGGAAGAGUGGGGAGAGGAGGGGUGUUGAAGAGAAGCGUGGGGAGGAGAGGCGUGGGGAAGAGCGAUCCAAGGCGGGCAAGGGCAACGGGCAGCAGAGUGAAAGAGAGAGGGCGGACGGGCCUGGUACCAGUGGUGAUGGCAGCGCUGGCACUGUUGGAAGAGAGGGUGGGCGGAGGAGGGUGAGCGGGCUGGGAGGUGGUAACCGCCUACUAGACGCAGCGUUUGCCCCUGUGAUAGGUGGUUUCCACCCUGGUGGCGCCCAGCCUGGUGGUUUCCACCCGGGAAGCUCUCCUUCCGGAGGCUUGACCCAGGGGAGGUUCCAUCCAGGAGCAGGCGCAGGCAGGGGGGGCAGGGGUGCUGGCUUGGGGGGCAGGGCUCGAGGCAAUGGGGUUGCUGGGGGGGGUAUGGUGGGUGUGGCUGCAGUGACAGCAGAUAGGCCUGUGAGUGCGGAGGGUAGGAGAGGGGAGAAGCCAGGGCAGAAGCAGAGAAGAGAGCAGGACGAGGCUGCAGAUGAGGUUAGCUCGCUGCCGUUUUCACGCUUGAGCCUUGAGGCAAAGACUGAUGAUGGACAGCAAGAGCAAGCACAUGGGGCGAGGACUGGUGAUGAGAGCAAGGAGAAGGGGAAAGGAGGAGUCGGGAGCGGUCCGUUUCUAUUCGGUGCUGCAGGAACAGCAGGAGCUGCAGCAGGAGCAGCAGCAGGUGCCACCACUGCAGUUCAUGCUGCCCCUACCACCACCACCACCACCACCCCGCCUGCUGCUGCAAGGGGUAGCAAGCCUAGUCCCGCCCCUGGCUCUGGUGACGUGGCAGCAUUGGGUUUGGCUCCUCAAGAGGGCCUAGCCUCGCCCUGUGGGCUGAGCUGGGCGGAUAUGGUGGAUGAGGAUGAGGCAAAUGGGGAGGGGAGGGGGAGAAAAGAGGAUGGGAUAGUGGAAAUAAAGGGAGGUGGUUCGGCGGGUGAUAAGCCGGGGGUUGGGUUGUACGUCCCGCCCUUCAGGGCAGCACAAGCGCAUGGUGUCUCCAAGAAAUGA